GCCACCUGUCUGUCCCCCUGUCUGUCCCCCUGUCUGUCCCCCUGUCUGUCUGUCCCCCUGUCUGUCCCCCUGCAGUAGGAACCAGCUGUCCGUCCUCCCCCCGGUGGUCUGCAGUCUCCCUCUGAAGGUUCUGAUCAUCUGUAACAACAAGCUGCUGUCUCUGCCAGAGGAGGUGGGACAGCUGAGACAGCUCACUGAACUGGACGUGAGCUGUAAUGAGAUCCAGACUCUGCCAUCUCAGGUGGGUCAGCUGGAGGCCCUACGAGACCUGAACAUCAGGAGGAACCACCUGGUCCGCCUGCCUCCAGAGCUGGCGGAGCUCCCUCUGGUGCGUCUCGACUUCUCCUGUAACAAAGUGACGUCCAUCCCCGUCUGUUACCGUCAGCUGACGCAGCUGCAGACCAUCGUCCUCGACAACAACCCUCUGCAGACCCCACCUGCACAGAUCUGCAUUAAAGGGAAGGUCCACAUAUUUAAGUAUCUGAACCUGGAGGCCAGUAAGACGACCCCUGACCUCCCAGAGUACGACAGACGACCUCUGACCUUCAGCUCCUG